CUGGCGGAGGACCUGGGGUUAUUCAACGCGCUCGGUGGAUAGCUAGCGCUAGCUGAGCCGGGUGGCGUCGUCACACCGGUUGGCGUACAGAGAUGUUGAGUGUCAGGUGGCCUGGUUUGGAGGCAGUGGGGUAGUUGUGGCUCAAGAAUCCCGCUGAUGGGCUGAUGAUGGACCCAAAGACCCAAUGAGCUUUGCUUCAGGAACUUCCAACUGAUAUAUGAGACGGAGGACAUGCAGCAGCAGAUCAUUCGGGAGACUUUCCAUUUGGUAUCUAAAAGAGACGACAAUGUCUGCAACUUCUUGGAAGGUGGAAGUCUCAUCGGUGGCUCCGACUACAAGCUCAUCUACCGGCACUACGCCACCCUCUACUUUGUCUUCUGCGUGGACUCGUCUGAGAGUGAGCUCGGCAUCCUGGACCUGAUCCAGGUGUUUGUGGAGACGCUGGAUAAAUGCUUUGAAAACGUCUGCGAGCUGGACCUCAUAUUCCACAUGGACAAGGUCCAUUACAUCCUGCAGGAGGUGGUGAUGGGAGGCAUGGUGCUGGAGACCAACAUGAAUGAGAUCGUGGCCCAGGUGGAAGUGCAGAACCGCUUGGAGAAGUCCGAGGGAGGUUUUUCAGCGGCACCCGCUCGCGCCGUCUCUGCUGUGAAGAACAUGAACCUGCCCGAGAUUCCCCGCAACAUCAACAUUGGAGACAUCAAUAUCAAAGUGCCGAGCCUCUCCCCGUUCUGAACAGCCUGCUGAGCUCCGCAGGGCUGAUGUACUACUGAUGCUGCUCCGCUCCGCCCAGUUCUGUUGUUCCUACGGGGAAAACCAGAGCAGCUUCACGUGUGUCAUCAUGGGACCACGGCAGCUUAUUCUCUUCCAUCAUCCUGAUCUUUUCAUAUGAACUGGCGACAAGCAGUGGACUUUAUUUGAGUUCUGUUUAACACAUGUUGCAGGUUGAGGCCCGUUGAAGGAUUUGCACGAUAAUGUAAAGUUGAUUCUAUAAAAUAUCAUGAGGAUUUUUAAUAUAUAUGUAUUUCCUCCUAUUCAUCUUAUUCUUGGUUUUACCCGGUGGAAUUCCUACUCUCUCCAGAAGAAGGACUGUGUUGGCCCGGUGCCCAUUUUUCUUGCUCAACUUGUCCAAAUCUCAUCAUUCAUCAGCCGUCGUACUUUCUGGGGAUCGAAAACUUUCCCCUCUUUUUGGAUCGAGCUUUGUUGGACUUUCACCAUAAUAAGAUAUUUUGUUUUCAGCAUUGUGUUACAAUAACUCAUCUCCUGUUGUGUGUGUGUGUGUGUGUGUGUGUGUGUGUG